AUGAGGCGAGGCAGAGGACCGGCGGCGGCAGCAAGGCAAAUGGCGGCGAACGGCGGAGAGGCUAACGGAUCUGGUGGAUCUAAGGAGAUCAGAUUCCGGGGAGUGAGAAAGAGACCGUGGGGAAAAUUUGCUGCAGAGAUCAGAGACCCUUGGAAGAAGACUCGGGUGUGGCUAGGUACGUUUGAAUCUGCUGAAGACGCGGCUAGAGCAUACGACGCCGCUGCUCGAUCUCUCCGGGGGCCCAAGGCUAAGACGAACUUUCCGUUACUCAACAACCAGAACGGCGUUUUAUGUGAUUUCAAGCCUCAAAAUUUUAACAAUCAACAGAUCAAUAAUCAGCCUGACGACCCGUUCAUGGUGGGUCCUAGAUUUUACCAUCAGGAACAUCAGAUAGUUGGCCCUCAAAGGCCUACCUCCAGCGGCAUGAGCAGCACCGUCGAGUCGUUUAGUGGACCAAGGCAGCCGGCACCGCCGCAGCUCAUUCAGCCGCAAAGGAGAUAUCCCAGGUCGCCGCCGAUGUCUCCUGAUGACUGUCACAGCGACUGUGAUUCCUCAUCCUCCGUUGUGGAUGAUGGUGUAUGCGACAUCGCCUCAUCCUCUUGUAAAAAGCCUUUGCCUUUCGACCUCAACCUCCCGCCGCCAGUGGACGCUGACAUGUGCGACCUAGCUUGCACGGCCCUCCGACUCUGA